UCGAUCACCAAAUCGAAUUUUAAUAAAAAUGUGCCCAUACGCUUCGUAAUUCACGGAUUUUGCGAAGAUGGAGAAAUGAAACAAACCCUGCUUGAGGCCUACUUAUUGAAAGCUAAACUCGACGUAAAUUUUAUUUUUGUAAACUGGGAAAAGUUUUCGCAAUCAAUUAAUUACGUUUCUGUUCGUAAUCGAGUAGAAUCGAUUGGUGUUUAUCUUGCUUCUAUGAUUGAUUUUAUGGUGAAAAAUCAUCUCGUUUCCAUCGAUGACAUCAACUUAGUCGGAUUUUCAUUGGGUGCUCAUAUUUCGGGAUUUGCUGGAAAGCAUGUGAAAUCUGGAAAAUUGCCAAAAAUAGUUGGCUUAGAUCCGGCCGGUCCACUGUUCUCCUUGACAAAACCUCAAGAGCGAUUAGAUCGUGAGGAUGCAAAAUAUGUCGAAGUCAUUCACACGAACGGGGCACUCUUAGGAUUCUACGAUCCAAUCGGAACGGUUGAUUUUUAUCCAAAUUAUGGAUUGGAGCAGCCCGGAUGCCCGUGGACUUCAACUGACAAAUGCUCACAUAAGCGUGCAUUCAAAUAUUUCGCUGAAAGUAUUUACUCACCUAUUCAAUUUUACGCAUAUCCAUGCGCUUCAAUAGAGGAUAUGAAUGGCGGAAGUUGCCAAGGCGCUGAAUUUCCAAUGGGCGGUGAGCCGGGCGAUUACAAGGCGUAA